GACGGAGAGCACCGCACUCGCGCCGCCGCUUUCCACGGGACUCCCCCUCCUCCCGUCCGAGUCCCCCCUCCCUCCCGCACUCGGACCGCGAGCAUGACGGAGGAAAGUCGGGGCAAGAGGAGGAAACAAGCCAACCCGAGGAGAAGUCAAGUGGACACAGACCAAGUGGGUUCACUGGGGUCCGAGGGAGAGGAUGAGGUGGGCCUCUGGAGCCUGGAACCCCAGGACUACCAGGAGAACCUGGACAAGACGAGCCGGACUCCCAGCGAGGGCACGGAAGAGCCCGGCAGCCCCGCCCUCUCCGCGCAGCCCCAUAGCCUCAGUCCAGGGAGCGGCGGCGACAGCGGAAGGAAAUUCUGGGCCCAGGUGGAGCCGGAAUCCGAGGCCACAGACGACGGCGGCGGUGGCGGCGGCGGCGGCGGCAGCGGCGCCUCUGCCGCCGAUAGGGAGGGGGAGCUGGGAUCACUGAGGAUGCGUUGUAGUAGCUCCGACUCGCACAUUGACUUGGAGGACCUCGCCCACUAUGAGUUCCUGGCCAAGCUCAGGAAGGCCUCGACUUCCGCCAGCAUUUUGGACCACUUUAGCCGCAACGGAAUGGCCGCCAUGCACUGUCUGCAGGGCGGUGGCGUCGGGACACACGAGGAGCUGCCGCCUGCCAUGUGGUCCCCGGGAGUUCAGCACCACUCUCCUGUGGGAGCAGACACAAGGAGGAGGCUGCCGGCCUGUCCUUUCUGCCACAAGACAUACCAGCACGGAGCCUCGUUGAGGGACCAUAUCAAGUACUGUCAGGAGAGGGACCGAGGCCACACGGUGUGUCCAUUCUGUGGAUACACUGCCCCUCAUAGGGCGCAGUUGGAGCAACACCUGGCACUUCACCACCAAGUACAGGACAAGAGCGCCAUUCCUUUGGAUCCGGGCAUGGAGACGAGGAAGUUCAAAUGCCUGCAGUGUGGAAAGGCCUUCAAGUACAAACACCACCUCAAAGAGCACCUUCGCAUCCACAGUGGAGAAAAACCGUACGAGUGUGCCAACUGCAAGAAACGUUUCUCUCACUCGGGCUCCUACAGCUCCCACCUGAGCAGCAAAAAGUGUCUCGGCAGCGGCGGAACGCUAGCAAGUUCAGGAGGAACGAGUGCUGUGUUUAACGGACAUAACCAAAACUCCUACCAGCACUCCUUCCCAGCGUCUCCGUCCAUAGGGUGGGAGAGGAAUAGUAAGGGCUCUCCUUUGGCGUUGCAAGUCCAAGACGGUAGUAGGCCUAUGGGCCAUGGACCUGACGAUCCUUCCCAGGCCUCAGGGCAGGAUUUCAGCUUCCAAACUUCAGAGCUGGCUUCCCUUUGCAACCCCUCGGCGGAGCUUUCUUUGAGAGCCAGCAUCCUGAAAGGGACUACCCUGCUGCCUUACCUCCAGUCCGGCUCCAAGUUUGAGCAAAUGCUGCAGGAGAUGCUCCACCGGGAGGUGAGGAAGUAUGAAGACAUCGAUAGGAACGGAGGUGGUUCUGACAGGAAGAUGUCACCGGAGCAGGGGGCUGCAAGAGAGGAGUCAGGAGAGCAGGAGAGAGGGGUUCUCGGUGUUACGUGUCGCUGGUGCUCGCAGGUGUUCCCCAACGUGGUGGUUCUCCUGCAGCACGAACGCUACCACUGUAAGAUAAACCGAGAAGCCAUGGAAGUGCCCGAGGGUCUUCAAAACAAAGACCACCACUCGCCACCCUUAUUCCUAUCCAGGUCAGAGAUGAGCAAAACCAACGACAUCACCAACGGAGCCUCUAGAAAUGAAUCCCCGGUGCAGAAGUGGCCCUUGGUACCUCAGCAGCAUCUGGCCGCACUGCAUUCCACUCACGACCACUUAGACUCUUCCAGCCAGGAGAAGGCCAGCCCCAGCCACGCCUCUGAGUUGAUGUCCCCUCACACUGGAAGGAGACGUCUAUCCUUGGGCUCCCCCGUUGGCCUGGACCUCAGCGGCCAGCCCCCGGAACUCCCCUCACCUCAGAAUCACUCUCAGAACGAGCCCCUGGACCUCUCCGUACGCAAGCCGAUGGCAGACCAAAGAAACGUCAACGGCAGAAGGGAGAGGACAAAAGACAGGAGCAAACAGCUGAGUCGACAGAGUCCCAACCGAUUUUCUGACCAAUCCUUACAUCCUCACCCGAUCUACAGAGCACAUGGGGCUCCUGUGUUUCCUGGCUCCUUAUACAACGGAUUUCCCUUCUUCAGCCAGUCUGCUUUGGGGUUUGCAGGGCAUGACGGCAUCGCACCCCUUCCUUUUAGCCCGUCACCCAUCAGCCCCGGAUUUCUCUCGCCCUUGGCUUACAUGGUGGAGACCGAGUCAGAGGCGACGUUGAAGAAGCUCCACCAGGAGAGACAAGUGCUCAUGGGUGAGGUGUUAAACCGUGGAGCCCUAGACUACCUCUCGAUGAUGGAUGAAGGCUUGGAGGGGGACGGCGGACCGGGACGCAAGAGGCUGAAGAAGACGGACGAGGGUCUGUACGCUUGUGACAUCUGUGAAAAAACCUUCCAGAAAAGCAGCUCUCUGCUCAGACACAAAUAUGAACACACAGGCAAGCGUCCUUACGAAUGCAAAGUGUGUAACAAGGCUUUCAAGCACAAACACCACCUGAUCGAGCACAGCCGCCUCCAUUCGGGGGAGAAACCCUACCAAUGUGACAAGUGCGGCAAGCGCUUCUCGCACUCGGGCUCGUACUCUCAGCAUAUGAACCACCGUUACGCCUACUGCAGCAAGGACCAGGACCCUGACCAAGACCACGACGACGUGCCACGAGAGCCCGCCGCUCUGUCCGCGGAGGACACGCAGACGCCGCAGUCCUUCCUCAGCGACGCCAGUCUGGACGGGGCCUCAGAGGCCCCUAAAGAGGAUGAAGAAGAACAGGAAGGAAGAGCUGAGGAAGAGCCGGUAAGCCGAGAAAGGCGGGAGAACGAGAGUUGCACUGGAGGAAACCGCUUCGAUGGGGUGGAGGUCUGGAAGUCCCACACCCAGGUCCAGAACGGAGACUUGGAUAAAUGUGAACUGAGCCUGGAUAUAACAGAUCUACCCCGGAUACAAACUUGAGAGAGUCC